GUCCUACCUGUAUGCUGACGGUAGACAGGUCGAAAUUUAUGAAAAAAUGACGUAAAAUCUAUGUAAAGAUUAUGACAGACUUAAUGACAUGAACAACAGUAGCGAGAAAACCAUCAUGGACUUCAAUCAAUCAAUGGAAUUCUCGUCUACUUCCAAUCCACCUCUGCAAAUGCAUAAUUUUAUGCCGAUGCCAACACCUACACCGCAUGGUAGCCAUCAGGUGGAAGAGGUCGUGAAUUCAUGUUUUAUCAAUCAAUUGAAGCAAAACAUACAAGGGUUUUGGAGAGAACGAUUGGCUGAAAUAUGUGAUGCUCCGACUGACGUUCGUGCCCAACACACGCUGCCAUUGGCUCGUAUCAAGAAAGUAAUGAAAUCCGACGAACAAGUUAAGAUGAUAAGUGCUGAUACACCAGUGGUGUUUGCUAAAGCUUGUGAAAUGUUCAUCAUGGAACUAACGCUACGCGCAUGGAUGCACACACAAGAAAAUAAGCGCAGAACUCUGCAACGCAACGAUGUUGCUAAUGCGAUCCGGGAUGAGGAUCUCUUAUCCUUCCUCAAGGACAUCGUCCCGAUGGAAAUUCAGCAGGAGGAUCCACUUUCACUGGCAAACCAUCUUGGAGUGUACGUUCCUCAGCCAUACCCCGGCAUGCCUAUUAAUCCCGUCUAUCCUAUGAAUGCGCAAAACAUAUAUCGAGCGGUACCAACGGUGGGUCGUCCUGUAGCAAUUGAUCAUCCCUUGGGCUUUGCAAUGAAUCUGCAGCAUAACAUAAAUCCUGCUUUCUUCAUAAGAAAUCAAGAAAUGCAGCAGGGCACUACUACACCAGCACCAGCACCAGCACCACCACCGCCACCACCUGCAACUGGAGCUAAUCCUUUCCAUGAUUUCAAGCAUUUUAUGCAGUGAAAGAGGAGAGAUGCAGUGAAAGGAAUAGUAGAAGAGAUCAUGAUGCUGAUUCUAUCAGUCUAUCUUCCUCUCUCUACAUAUACAUAUAUAUUAUGAAGUGUUUUAUUAUGUUGUUCCCUUUAUUGUUGGGAUAAUGGAUUAAGAGUGUAGUGAGGAAAAAGUACUUAAUUUGCUAUAGUUUUUAGUGUGUGGUUUGUCGUCUUCAUCAACAAUUACUGCAAUG